UUCCAACUUUCCAUAACCCCACUUCUUAUUUGACAAAUCAUUUUCCAUAAACAAAUUUUUAACAAGUCAUUCACAAUGGAAGCAAUGGAUGUUGUUUUACCCGAAAAAGAAGAAGGUAGCCCUUCGGAUACAACGAAACCAAAUCUUCAGGAUCUAGACACUGAAGAUUUAUACACAAAGUAUAAAAAACUGCAACAAAUGCUCGAGUUUUUGGAAGUUCAAGAGGAGUAUAUUAAAGACGAACAAAGGAAUUUAAAAAAAGAGUAUCUGCACGCUCAAGAAGAAGUCAAGAGGAUUCAGUCUGUUCCUUUGGUUAUUGGGCAGUUUUUAGAAGCUGUCGAUCAAAAUACAGGUAUUGUUGGAUCAACAACUGGUUCAAACUACUAUGUAAGAAUCUUAUCAACCAUUGACAGAGAGUUACUAAAACCUAGUGCUAGUGUAGCAUUACAUAAACACAGCAAUGCCUUAGUUGAUGUAUUGCCUCCCGAAGCUGAUUCAUCAAUCAGCAUGCUUCAAGCAGAUGAGAAGCCUGAUGUUAGCUACAGUGAUAUUGGUGGUAUGGAUAUGCAAAAGCAGGAAAUUCGUGAAGCAGUAGAGCUACCCCUAACUCACUUUGAAUUAUAUAAACAAAUUGGUAUUGAUCCUCCAAGGGGUGUGUUAAUGUAUGGACCACCAGGGUGUGGCAAGACUAUGUUAGCUAAAGCUGUUGCUCAUCAUACUACAGCUGCCUUUAUCCGAGUUGUUGGUUCGGAGUUUGUGCAAAAAUACUUGGGUGAAGGUCCCAGAAUGGUAAGAGACGUUUUUCGUCUAGCCAAGGAAAACUCUCCAGCCAUUAUUUUUAUUGAUGAAAUCGAUGCCAUCGCUACAAAACGUUUCGACGCUCAAACGGGCGCCGAUCGUGAAGUUCAGAGAAUUCUUUUGGAGUUGUUGAAUCAAAUGGACGGAUUUGAUCAAACUACUAAUGUUAAGGUUAUUAUGGCUACAAACAGAGCUGACACCCUCGAUCCUGCCCUUCUUAGACCUGGUCGUUUAGAUAGGAAGAUAGAAUUCCCGCUACCUGACAGAAGACAAAAGCGUUUAGUUUUUAGCACUAUUACCUCAAGGAUGAACUUAUCUGAAGAGGUUGAUUUGGAAGACUAUGUAGCCAGGCCAGAUAAAAUUUCUGGAGCCGACAUAAACGCCAUUUGUCAAGAGGCAGGUAUGCAUGCAGUGAGAGAAAACCGUUAUAUUGUGCUGCCAAAAGAUUUUGAGAAGGGCUACAAAAACAACAUUAAGAAGGACGAGAGCGAACAUGAAUUCUACAAAUAGAUCUUUAUCUUUUUUUGUGUAUUUAAGAAUUAAAAUAUUCAGUUUAAAAAAUUAAUAAAUGUAAUGCUUUUCCUGUAGCAGUU